UGAAAAGCUUGACUAAUGAUAAAAAAAUAAAACUUUGCCAUCAUAAUGACCUCAGUGGCAUUUGAAUAACAUAUCUAUCUCAACAGCUAUGGAUAGCCAAUAGAUUUAAUAUCAGAUUUGAUCUUUCCAAGUACUGAACCACUCAAAAGAGUGUUGAUUUUUUUUUUUUUUUUCAUUUUUGAGGAACAAGUGUGAAGCUUGUCACGAUGGUCUUGGACAAUGAAAUUGGUGUGAAGAGCAAUAGCAUCAUCAAGGAAUGGAGUGGACAGGUCCAUCCUGCUCUGGUCGCCUCCUUUGUUUUCCUCUUCUGUCUGGAAGCCUGUCUGUGGGUCCGGAGCCUCAGGCACAAGAGAAGGCUGCCGGGACCCUUUGCCUGGCCCGUGGUGGGCAAUGCCAUGCAGCUGGGCCAGAUGCCUCACAUCACCUUCGCCAAGCUGGCCAAAAAAUACGGCAACGUGUACCAGAUACGACUGGGCUGCAGUGACGUUGUGGUCCUGAAUGGAGACAAAGCGAUACGUCAGGCCCUGAUACAGCACAGCACAGAGUUUGCAGGCAGACCAAACUUUGUCUCUUUCCAGAUGGUCUCUGGGGGCAGGAGUGUGACAUUCACUAAUUACAGCAAGCAGUGGAAAGCACACAGGAAAAUUGCCCAGUCGAGCCUCAGAGCAUUUUCCUCUGCAAACAGUCAGACCAAAAAAAACUUUGAGCAGCACGUCACGGCCGAGGCCAUGGAGCUGGUGCAGGUAUUUUUGCAUCGGAGCGCUGGCGGGCGUUUUUUUGAGCCUGCUCACGAAUUCACGAUAGCUGCUGCGAAUAUCAUGUGUGCUCUUUGCUUUGGGAUGAGGUACGGACACAAUGACCUAGAGUUCAGGACCUUGUUAAAAAGAAUACAGAAGUUUGGCGAGACAGUGGGAGCAGGUAGCUUGGUAGAUGUCAUGCCCUGGCUUCAGUCCUUCCCCAACCCGGUCCGCAGUGUCUAUGAAGACUUCAAAAACCUCAACGAGCAGUUCUUCGGCUUUGUGAAAGACAAAGUGGCACAGCACAGAGUGUCUUUCAAUCCUGAAGUGACCCGGGACAUGAGUGACGCAAUCAUCAACGUGAUUGAGCAUGGAGAAGACAGUGGACUCACCAAAGAGUUUGUUGAAGCCACUGUCACAGAUCUGAUUGGUGCAGGUCAAGAUACAAUGUCAACUGUCAUGCAGUGGAUCAUCCUGCUCCUGGUCAAAUACCCAGACUUGCAAGCCAAACUGCAGGAGCUCAUAGACAAAGUAGUGGGCAAGGACAGACUGCCGUCAAUUGAGGACAGGAGCAGCCUGGCAUACCUGGACUCCUUCAUCUACGAGACCAUGCGCUUCACCAGCUUCGUCCCAGUCACCAUCCCGCACUCCACCACCUCAGACGUCACCAUCGACGGUCUCCACAUCCCCAAAGACACGGUGGUCUUCAUCAACCAGUGGUCCGUCAACCACGACCCUCUGAAGUGGAAGGACCCGCACAAGUUCGACCCCUCACGCUUCCUCGACGAAAACGGGGCCCUCGACAAAGACAAAAUAAACAAUGUGAUGAUUUUCUCAACAGGUAAAAGACGCUGCAUCGGUAACCAGAUCGCAAAGGUGCAGGUGUUCUUAUUCACAGCGGUCUUGCUGCACCAGUGCAGCUUUGAGAGCAACCCCUCUGAGCCCCUCAGUCUUGACUGCUCCUACGGGCUCGUGCUGAAGCCCCUUACAUUUAGUGUCAGCACCAAGCUCAGGGGAAAGCUGCUUGGCUUAGUCUCCCCAGCAUGAAUAGCAUGCCCCUAUAAUGUGACUCAAGGAGAAAAAAAUACAAAAAAAACAAACAAAAAAAACAUUUCUACCAAUGACAUUUGACAGUGAGUAUCAGUACGGCUGCACUAAAUAGCACUAAGAGUUUCGUAUUUAACAAGGAUAUUUAAUAAAUACGUUAGCAUGGUCUGUGUUUGAAUUAUUGUUGGUCCAGGGCUGAGAAUAUGAUUUCAUAAAUGUUGGCUGCGAGUAAAAAGCAAGCUUGUGGGAAAGUAUUACAUUUCUGCUUCACAAAAUACUCCAUACUUGAUCCAAUUUUGUACGUUAUGUUAAGAAAUGUGCUCGUUUUACAUCCACUAUUGAGCAUAUAUAUAUAUAUAUAUACGGUGUAUGUGCAGAAAUUAGCUACAAACUUAAACUAUUAUAAGUGUAUAUGAAAUAGUUGUGAAUGUUGUUACGUCACUUGAUGACUUGCUGUUCUCAAUUGUAAUGUGUAAAAAUGUAUUUAACCUUUGCCAGAUAAAGCAGCAGUUACAAAAUGUUUUAUUUCAGUUUUUGCAUUUCAGGUAUAACAGUAAAUUUAUUUAAAUUUAGCCGGUCACACUAUCUACUGUACUCAGCAUAGGAUUACAACAAGCGGGGAGCAUCCGUCACGUUUCAGAGGAUGAGGAAGGGAGGUUCCUGUGGUCCGUGGGCGCUUCACAAACUUCAUGUAUCCAGGGUUCAGUUUUACUGUACAAGCACUGCAGCUACCCAUGCCAAAUACACGCCUCACCACUACAACAAAACACAUGUGCGGCGAAUUUCUUUCACUCGUGAGGCAUUCUUACAAACAUGUUUGUUUACAGUAACUUGUUCAAAGCUAGGUGGAUGUCACUGCACUCUCUCUAAGCCUCUGUAUUCAGGAACUAAUAUUGUAACGCCCAAGGGAUGUGCUUUCUCUGUCUGUGUUAGGGAAGAUAAAAUGGACCUUGAAUGUUAAAGCAUUCAUUCUGUGAUUUCUGCUCUGACACUCAAGGCCCACUGAGGUUUUUUUUUUUUUUUUAUAUAUAUAUAAUGGAAAAUAAAAAUAAGCUGUAUCUGAAAUGAAUAAAGUGAAUUGUCAAUGUUCA